AAGAGAGGAAUAAAGUGUGUCAACGAUAAAAGAAAGAAUAAAAGACGAAAGACUUUUUUUCUCAUCCCCAGGGAACUUUGUGAAAUCUCAGCGUCAAAUCUGGGCUUUAACGGACUGAAAAUCAACACAGACGGGGCGGAGUUUCGGCUGUGUGGCUGGAGUGCGUUUGAUUUCUUUGCGGUUGACAGCAGCCGGUGUACGUGUGUGUAGAUGUGUGACAGCGGAGUGUGUGAAGACAAGCCCCCAGCCCCCCCUGUCAGGAUGAGCAGCCAAGGAGGAGGACCCAAGGACUCCCAGUCAGCCAAUCACAACUCUCGGCCACUUCCCUCUGUACCAGAGGAGAAGAAGUCUAGAAACAAAAUCAUCUCCAUGUUUGCCUCUGAGAAAGGAGGCAGGAAGAAGGACCGGGACAAGGACAGGCCUGAGAUCUCCUCCCCAUCGGACUUUGAACACACCAUCCAUGUGGGUUUUGAUGCUGUCACUGGAGAGUUCACUGGCAUGCCGGAGCAGUGGGCCCGUCUCCUUCAGUACUCCAACAUCAGUAAAUCAGAACAGAAACAGAAUCCUCAGGCCGUCCUCGAUAUUCUCAAGUUCUACGACUCCACCAGUGGAAAACAGAAAUACCUCAGUUUUUCCGCCUCAGAUAAAGACUCACAGUCGCUAGGCAAGCAGGGUACAGUGACCUCCCCAUCAGGUAGCAAGGAUGGAGAUGAUGAUGAUGACGACGAAACACCACCUCCGAUUGUGGCACCACGGCCAGAACACACAAAAUCUAUGUACACGAGGUCGGUGAUAGACCCACUCCCAGCUCCAGAUGUAGACUCCGCCUCUAAGGCAGCUGACAAACAGAAGAAGAAGGGAGGCAAGAUGACUGAUGAAGAGAUAAUGGAGAAACUCAGAACUAUUGUCAGUAUUGGAGAUCCUAAGAAGAAGUACACUCGCUACGAGAAGAUCGGCCAAGGGGCAUCUGGCACAGUUUACACAGCCAUAGAUGUUGCCACAGGGCAAGAGGUGGCCAUCAAACAGAUCAACUUGCAGAAGCAGCCAAAGAAGGAGUUAAUUAUCAAUGAGAUCCUGGUCAUGAAGGAGAUGAAGAACCCCAACAUUGUCAACUUUGUAGAUAGUUUCCUCGUAGGAGAUGAGCUUUUCGUGGUGAUGGAGUACCUGGCUGGUGGCUCCCUAACUGAUGUUGUGACAGAGACGUGCAUGGACGAGGCCCAGAUUGCUGCCGUCUGCAGAGAGGUCAUCCAGGCUCUGGAGUUUCUUCAUGCCAACCAGGUCAUCCACAGAGACAUCAAGAGUGACAAUGUAUUGCUCGGGAUGGACGGAUCAGUCAAACUCACUGACUUCGGCUUCUGUGCCCAGAUCACCCCAGAGCAGAGCAAACGCAGCACCAUGGUGGGGACCCCGUACUGGAUGGCUCCAGAGGUGGUGACCAGGAAAGCCUACGGACCCAAAGUGGACAUUUGGUCUUUGGGGAUCAUGGCCAUAGAGAUGGUGGAGGGAGAGCCUCCAUAUCUCAACGAGAACCCUCUCAGGGCGUUGUAUUUAAUUGCCACCAAUGGGACUCCUGAGCUGCAGAGUCCAGAGAAGCUGUCUCCUGUCUUCAGAUCCUUCCUGUCCCGCUGUCUGGAGAUGGAUGUGGAGAAACGAGGUUCUGGCAAAGAACUGCUGCAGCACCCAUUCCUGAAGCUGGCCAAGCCUCUGUCCAGCCUCACCCCACUCAUCCUGGCAGCCAAGGAGGCCAUGAAGAGCAACCGCUAAAUCCCAGUCUCUAAAGACUAUAAGAGCUGACUCCAAUGACAGCCAAAUCAGCCAGCAUCUUCCACUGGUCUAUGUAUGAUGACCAUCAACAACCUGCUAGUGUUUGUGUUUUUUUCCAAGGGUCACAAAAUGCCUCUCUACUCCUCCCAGUGUUUCUCUACUGAUGCCAGAUGUGUCUUACCAUUGUGCCUUGUUCUAAAGCCGCAUACAGCCAUAAUGUUUUCUAGUUGUUGCAGCCAUAGGAAUGCGGGAUCACUGUUGCAAAGGUUCAAGACUCUUUGCACACCAAGGGCCAUAUUCACACAGGUUUUUUAACAGUGUUCCUAAAAUGCGCUGAAGGUUCCAGCCUGAGAGUCUCUUCUUAAAACCAGCUCAAAAAGCUGCUGCAAGCUGAAGAAAUUAACGCCUAAACGAAGAGAAAGCUUAACCUGUUGAUAUGAAUGACAUCAUGUUUAAUGAAUUAACUUACUCACUGGUUGAAGAUAUUCACAAGAUAAGUUUGUUUGUAGCAAGUUGUGCAAACCAUCACCCCUGGUCUUACUGGAUUGUUUGGAUUUGUUGUUGAGCUGAUUGGAUCUUUAUCAACUUGCCAGCCCAUAUUUUUUUUUAAUUUUAUCAAUUAAAAAACUACUUUUAGAGCUCAAAUAUCUGAUUAAUAAGCAAACUUGUUGUGAGACAUGAAGAUCGUGAGGAAUCUAAAGUUUUGGUGUGUGGAGAGACCCUAACCUUUGGAACUGGUAUCUGUGGUUGCUGUAGCUAUGGGUACACAUGUGCGUGGAAAACUCAAGUGUACUGAUACUGUGCUGUACUGUGGCCCAGCAUGAGACAUUGCAGUGUUUGUGCAGUGGAAAAGCCAUACCAGUGUCCUUUUUUGACCCUGUAUCUCACAGAAAAGUCAACCAUUUCAAUAAAAGAAAUGGGAUUUAAGCUUGUUUUCACUCUGUUUAUGUAAAUGAAAUUUCUGUUAAGGGUUUCAACCCCCUGGUGGCAGUUCAGGGUGUUACCAGGCACCAAAACACACUAUCUCAGAUUUCAUACACCUCUGCUGUGAAACUCUCAGUGCACGCUCUUCUACAAACUAUGCAAACCCAUCUGAACACUCUGAUGUUUUCUACAGAUGGGCCAUGAUUUUCGAAUUGUGUCAAAAAAAUAGUCAAAAAAAUCUUAUUGUUUGUCUUAGUUUUUACCUGCGCCUGAUAUCAACGUGUCACUGCCAGUCGUCAGGUAAAACCUGUGUGGCACGUUUCAGUUUGGCUACAUCUCAUACAUUUCUAUCACAAUGUUUCUUCUUUCUUAUUCUUUCUACUGUCAGUGUGUUGGUGCAAGUACAACAGAAAUACUGUAUGAAAUUGUCUAAAUGUGUUGAACUGGAGGAAGACUGCAUAUUUUAUGUAUAUUAUGUAUUGGUGAUGUCCUGUGUUUUUUAACAGCUUUUUCAAAGUAUGUAUAUCAUUGUUUUAUAUUUGUAACUAACACAACAGAAGAUACAUUUGUGUUUUCAACUUGCUUUUUUGUACCAAUUCAUCCUCAGUUCCCUGAACUGUGCAAGUAUGAACUCCCAACCAUGAAAUGUAUUGAUAAGCCUGGACACUCCAGCCAGACCUGAGUCAAGCAGUAUUUGAAAACAAUUAUUUGUUUUUUUUUAACCUGCUUGGAGUACCAAAUGAGAUUGGUUUAUAUGUAAUUUUACAGCAAGUUUAGACAAUCACUGAAAAGCAUUUAAAAGCCAUUUGUAAAUGUGCCUUAAACCCACUUAAAUGGUACCCAACAGGGUUACAUAAAUACAGAGGACUUUCAGAUACUGUUAACGGGCUGGAAAACACUGUUUUGUGGCUUUUGACAAGAACACACAUUCCAGUUGUAUGUGUAAUAUGAACGAUUGAAGUGUUAAAUGUGUUGUUGUACAUCAUGAUACCAACAAUUUCUGCAAUUGAAUAAAAUUCAUACUGCAUGUAAAUUAUUAUUAAAGGUGGACCUUAA